GGGCGGAUGGGACGCGCCCCGCUCUGUAUGCACGCGCGUCGCCGCCCCGGCUGCCGGUCUCUGCGGAAGGCGGCGGGAGAAGCGGAGCCCGGGAAGCGGGCGCGAGAUCCCCGAGCACGUCGGCUCGGCUAGGAGGCCGCGGACAUGUGCAGGAUGUCCUUCAAGAAGGAAACUCCGCUGGCCAACGCCGCCUUCUGGGCAGCACGGAGAGGAAACCUGGCACUGCUGAAACUGCUGCUGAACAGCGGCCGGGUGGAUGUGGACUGCAGAGACAGUCAUGGCACCACCCUCCUCAUGGUCGCCUCCUAUGCUGGCCACAUAGACUGCGUGAAGGAACUGGUUCUGCAAGGAGCAGACAUCAACCUCCAGAGAGAGUCAGGUACAACUGCCCUGUUCUUUGCUGCCCAGCAAGGCCAUAACGAUGUUGUGAGAUUUCUCUUUGGAUUUGGAGCAUCCACUGAAUUCAGGACAAAAGAUGGAGGCACAGCCCUGUUGGCUGCCAGUCAAUACGGGCACAUGCAGGUGGUGGAGACCUUGUUGAAGCAUGGAGCCAAUAUUCAUGACCAACUUUAUGAUGGAGCCACGGCCCUGUUCCUUGCUGCCCAAGGUGGUUACUUGGAUGUGAUCCGAUUAUUGCUGUCUUCCGGAGCUAAAGUCAACCAGCCAAGGCAGGACGGCACUGCACCCCUGUGGAUUGCAUCCCAAAUGGGCCACAGCGAGGUGGUACGUGUGAUGUUGCUACGCGGGGCUGACCGGGAUGCAACACGCAACGACGGUACAACAGCACUGUUGAAAGCAGCCAACAAAGGGUACAAUGACGUCAUAGAAGAAUUGCUGAAGUUCUCGCCUACUCUCGGUAUUUUGAAGAACGGGACAUCGGCACUCCAUGCGGCUGUGCUCAGUGGGAAUAUUAAAACAGUUGCACUGCUCCUGGACGCCGGGGCGGACCCAUCGCUGAGAAACAAGGCCAAUGAACUCCCCGCAGAACUAACCAAAAAUGAACGCAUAUUACGUCUCCUGCGAAGUAAAGAAGGACACAGGAAGAGCUAACAUGGUGCCAUAUGUGAGGGAAACCUCAACCACACGGUCCCACAAGAAGUUCCUUUUCAAAGAGUGAUUCUUUUAAAGAAUACAAGACUAAACAAAAAAUGCCCACCCUGUGGGUCCCUGGCCAAGAAAAGCUGUGCUUUGGGCAUUGGUCAAGAGUGGAACAAUUUAGGGUUCCAUUCCCCUCUCUGAAUGUGAGCUUCUUAGACACUCCUCUGGGAGUGUCUCUUGGGAUGGUGGGGAGGCUGGCAUAUUCCUGGACCCAUCGAUACUUCUUUUCAGUUACACUCAUUUGGGUCUCUGGGUUAAAUUCUGAGCUGGACAAGAUUUGGGGUCCUAGGCAAGGAGGCAGAAAGCUUGGCCUGAAAGCUUGGCCUUGGGUAAGUUGAUGCACUUCCGCUUUGUAUUACAUGGGUAUUCUGCAGACGUAAAGGUCUACCCUACACAACAUAAAUUGAUGUAUGUUACUCUGGAGAAUGUUUUCUGCUCCCCUAGACCAGAAGUCACAAUCAGAGUGAGUCAGUGAUGUGUAAACACACGCUAGUAAAAAGCUAUUUUGGACAUUUCACCAUGUGCCAAUCAAAAGAUAGACUUUUGAACUAUAGAAAAAGACAAACUCUGCAUUUGUUGUUAUUUGAUCUUCACCACAUUCCUGACACAUAAAAAAAAUCAAUUAGAAUCAAUAUUAUAGGUAUAUUAGGAUACCAGUGGCAAAUUUGGAAAUU